AUGGACAGCCUUCCUGAAGAGCUCCUUCACAGGAUAAUCGGAGACUGCCUGUUCACAGGUUAUGCUCCUCUCGUCUAUCGUGCCUUGUGGCCCCUUCAAAUGCGCCGGAAGGAGGGCAUCCGGUACUCGUUGGUGUGCAAGCGCUGGCACCGCAUCGCUCUUCCCAUACUUCUCGAGACAACCCUUGUCGACUCGCAACGCGAGGCCAACAGACUAGCAACAUUGUUCAACUACGACAAAACGCUGGGGAAACGUGUCAAAAAGCUCCGGUUUGAAGGGGGUUAUGGCCAGGCAGCAUUCAAGAUACUGCAAGCUGUCCCAAACCUGACGCACAUCUGCGUUUCACUUAGUAUUACAUCCAAGGACAGUGUCAAGGGUCUUUGCAAAGGACUCAGGAUCAUCAAUCCAGCGUUUGUGGCCCUGCGAGAUCCAAAUGUGCAAGCAAACAAGCAAGUACGAGAACUUGUCAGCGUUCUCAUCGAAUGCAUGACCGUUACUUGGUCCAAUAUGACCUCGUAUGAUCACGCUUACGAGGAGCGCGAUUGGAAAGGCGAGAAAGAGGGACCUGAAACUCGCGCACGCCGGCAACGGGCGAUUGACCUGGCGGACGCCAUUUCCCGCGUGCCCAAUUUACACACCAUCUGGGUACCGGCAGGUUAUACAACUCACGUAUCGUACAGUAUGGUACUCAGUGCCGCGAGGAACCCUGCAGUUAAGAAAGUGUACAGUUGGACGGUCUGGCAUUUGCACCCGUAUUUUGCACAAGGAUUCAUGGAGGCCUUGGAUAGCCACCCUCGACUGCGCGAAAUGAUCCAUUUCCAGCUCCCGGGCCCCUGGGCCCACCCAACGUUCGCGCCCAUUGGCGACAGGACCAUGGACGAAUUGCUGGAAACUUUUACUUUCUAUGGUCCCUUUCACCCUUCCGCACUAUGGACAAUUCCCCGACAGGUGACACAUUACUUUAGAAGGCAUUGGUAG